AACAUUUUCGUGCAGUUCCAUAGCAAUAAUCGUGCCACAGCAGAGCUGGUUUGGGGGCAAGUUUUCUCAUAAAAAGCAACGAGCAAAUGUCGGUAAGGAUUUCAUGAAAUGCAGCUACUAUACUAUGAAGAUAAUCCAUUCGCAGCCGAGUGAGCCCACCUCGCAAAAAUGUGCUUCGUUGCUUAAAAUGUUUUACCGGACGAUUUUCCAACGACGGAAUCGACAGUAGGUAGUGGUUGCAGCAGCGAUAGGGAGUAACCAAAUUGGCCCCGGCUGCUCCUCGCCCCUUUUUCGUGUGCAGCUGUGUGCCUCAACGGUGCUUUGCAACACCCACACAAUUUGAGGUGGGAUGUUGGGUGUUGUUUCAACCACUAAGCGCCUCGAAAAGCAAAGAGUACAAGACAAAGUUGUGCAGCGAUCCUGAACUAUUACCGGAUACCUAUACGAGAGAAGAAUUUUUAUUGGAAGCACCCUCCGGCGUUGUCCAUCAGUCAGGAUAGCCCCGCAAAGAGUAGCAGCAGGUCGACAGCAUCGGGCUUCGUCGACAUCGUCGGCCGUUGCGGCCAUGCUGUGCUUCAAUUUGAAGAUAGCCACCAUUUUCCGGACCUACCGGGAGGCGGAUCCGGUGCGCGAUCGCAGCCAGAGCGUCUUCACCCCACCGCCGAGGACCCCCCACCGGGACAUUGGGGCGCUGCGGGUGCUCCAGCGGCGGGCGUCCAGCGUGAUCACUUCUGCCACGGAACUCAUUUCCCGAAGGGGCGUAUUUUCCCGUCGUCACUAUGGCUCAGUGGAUCAGCUGCCACAAACAGAAAUCGAUGGGCUGGACCCAAACUGCAGGCGGUUUCGAUUGGAAAACGGCGAAUCGUUGGCGGAGAAAGACGAGGUGUUUGGCUCCCCUAGUACCCCGAUCCUGGAAAAUCCUGAACAUCAAACACGAUGGUAUUUCAAAUACUUCCUAGGAAAACUUCACCAAAACUAUGUCGGCAUCGACGCGGAGAAAAAUGCCUUUUUUUUAUCCAUCGUGUCCCAGGACUCCGGUAGCAAAUGUAUGCCGCUGUACCGGGUGAUGCUGUUCCGGAAACAGGGUGCCCAAAAGUUGGCCCUCCCGUACAAUCCGCAGCAGAAGAUGACGGUGAAGCAGAUUCUGUCGAACUUUGCCAUGAUGGACGGAAGCAAAUCACCCAAGGAAGUCUUUUCCGCGGACAUCCAGAAGGAUCUGCUGCUGCUGGAGGAGCAGGAAGGUUCGGUAAACUUCAAGUUCGGGGUCGUCUACAUGAAAAUAGGCCAGACGAUGGACGACGAAAUGCUGAGUAAUGAGUAUGGCAGUGCUGACUUUGACGAGUUCCUGGAACUUUUGGGCGAACGGAUACGGCUCAAGGACUGGGAACGCUAUCGAGGAGGACUGGACGUAAAAGGUGACAUGACUGGCAAAUAUUCAAUCUACACAGUGUAUGAAGGUCACGAGAUAAUGUUUCACGUUUCUACGAUGCUUCCGUUCAGUCGCGACAAUCGUCAACAGGUCGAACGGAAGCGGCACAUCGGUAACGACAUCGUAAACAUCAUCUUUGUGGACGACUGCAGCAACAACAGUGGCGAGGAAACCGAGUUCAAUCCGAACAACAUUAAAAGUCAAUUUACACACGUGUUUGCCGUCGUUACGAAACGGAACCGGCGAUAUCGGCUGUCGGUGUACUGUGACGAAAGUGUUCCACCCUUUGGGCCCACUUUGCCAAAUCCACCGGAAUUUGAGGAUCCAGCAGUUUUUCGGGACUUUUUGCUGGUCAAGCUGAUAAACGGUGAGAAGGCAACAUUCGAAACACCAACGUUUUCCCGGAAACGGGAACGUACCCUGGAGAUGCUCAUCAAGGACCUGUACGAGGAAUAUGUGCACGACAAUAAAAUGGUAAGUUGAAGUUAAUUUGGAUUA